AAAUAAUAGAGCCUACAGAAUUAAAAAUAAAUAGUCUAACAUAAAAAUAUGACAAAUGUAGUUAGAUCGACAUGUUUUUUAUAUAAAGGAUCUAGUCACAAUUAGAAUUACAACUAUUAUUUUAAAUCUAGGCCUCAUUUGAAAAGUUAACACUCAACACUGGCAACACGAAUACCAGACUAAAGCUCAUAUAAUACUUGAAAUACUGCGUCAGUGCGUGAGGUAAACUGUAGCAGGGCGCCCGCCGCGAGAGAUCAAACUCGUCUGGAAUAAUUCAAUAAAUAAUCGGAUUAGCGGACCGUGGCGACUUGCAUAGAAACGAGUAGAUCUACAUGGUUAGACAGCCAAAAAGACAGUUGCAAUGGCUCUUGUAUAACCAUGUUUUUUUUAAAAGGUUAUUUGAGGUAGACUUGACUCUUGAGCCAGGAGAAAGAAUAAAACACUAUGAGUAUGAUGAACUAGAAUAUAGAUAGAAAUAAUAAUUAGAAUCUAUAGGUAAUACUAUAGAUCUAGUUAAAAAUAUAGAUCAAGUCGGUAGUAUAUAAUAAUUUAAAUCUAUAUUGUCUGGGAAAUAAAUCACAAACUAUAAGUUCUAAGAAUGUCCGAACCCAGUGAUCCAGUUUCAACAGAUGCAGAUGGUGAUAGCAAAGAUGAAGUUGUCAGCGAAAAGGAAGCCAAUAGGAGAGACAGUCCAAAACCAGACACGAUGGAUAAUGAAAUAGCACCACCACUAAUAAGUAAAGAAGCUGAUCAAGACAUUGAUAAAGAUGAUAAAACUGAAAAGAAAACUGGAGGCAAGGCUGCCCCCAUGAAACCUAAGCCUGCUGCUUCUGCUAAUGGCGACAUAAAAUUGACCAAAGCUAGCAAGGAUGAGCGACGCAUGGAGAUGGAUGCUCGCCAUAAAUAUCUGGUACAGCAACUUGCAACAGCACUCAACCUGGACACAUCAGUUGUUGAGGAGUUUAUAGUAUCAGAUGACAGAUUUGAUAUGAUAAGUGAAUUUUUCAAGGCUGAUGGCUCACGUAAAAUAAUGUUUUUCUAUCAAGAUGUUAAUAGAGGUAGUGCUGAGAAAAAGAAAUUGUUCAUUACACCAGGUGAUGCUGAAGGUCUGAAUGGCAUCUGCUUAUUCUUCUUGAGGACAACAACAAAAGCCAUCACUCCUGCAAAUAUCCCUCAAGAGGUCAACUUUGGAACUUUGGACUGCACUGGUGGGAAAAUCCUGGCAGGAUUUGAAAAACAUUUGUCUAAGAUUAUCCUUCCAUCACUCAAAUCAUUAGAGACUUGGGGCACUCUCUCCAAAGAGAAUGGUACCUUGACACAAGUGGAAGAUUUUUUGGAAUACCUGGAGAAGUUUGUGACAAGUCUCAUGUCUGCUCUUAAAAACAUGGAAGGGCAAAUUAUCUUGCAAGAAAAUGGCCAAAGUUCUAUCAUUGACCACAUAAAAACACCAUCAGACUACCAGGAUGCUGCAAGUAACACAGAACACUUAGAGAAAUUGGAAGAACUUUUAGCUUUCUGGUCCAAACAAAUAGAACAAGUUCUGGCAGAGAGUGAACAGAUGAGAAGAGAGGCAGAUGAUAUUGGGCCUACAGCAGAACUUGCAUACUGGAAAACUAGGAUGGCCAAAUUUAACAAUCUUUUGGAACAAAUGAAGAGUCCCAGGGUCAAGGCUGUUGUUGGAGUAUUGCAAGUUGCCAAAUCUAAAACUUUAAAACAUUGGAAAUAUUUGGAUGGUCGAAUCACUGAUGCUGCUAAUGAGGCCAAAGACAAUGUCAAAUAUUUGUACACACUGGAAAAAUUUUUUGGACCUCUUGUUAAGUGUACUCCAGCCUCAAUGGUGGAGCACAUUCCAAGUCUGAUGAAUGCCAUCAGGAUGAUAUACAGCAUCUCUCAGUACUACAACACAUCAGAGCGCAUGACCUCACUUUUUGUCAAAGUCACCAACCAAAUGAUCACAACAUGUAAAGCUUACAUUUAUCAAGGCGUCACAAAAGUCUGGGAGCAUCCUAAAGAGGAACUAAUAAAAAGGCUGGAUGAAUGCAUUAAUUUGAACCAUGAACAUCAGCGCCAGUUUCAGAAAACAAAAGAAAAACUGAAAGAGACACCCAAUGAGAGACAGUUUGAAUUCAGUGAAAACUACAUAUUUGGUAAGUUCGAUACUUUCUGCAAACGUCUGGAGAAAAUCAAAGACAUGGUGAACACAAUGGAACAGUUCUCUGGCCUGCCCAGCAUCAAGAUAGAAGGCAUUGACACCAUAGUUGUCAGGUAUAAAACUAUUGUGGAGACUACCAAGAAAAAAGGCUACGACAUUUUGGACCACAGGAAAGGGGAGUUUGACAAUGACUAUGUUGAGUUUAAAACCCAGAUUGAAAAUUUGAGAAGUUCAAUUCAAUCCUUUGUUGAUGCUUGGUUUUCUAAAUCUCUUAGUACAGAAAAAGCUUUGGAACUCCUGGACAAAUUUGAAGCAAUCAGUGCUGCCCAACUGGACCUGACAGAGAAGUACAUGCGUGUUAUGAUGGCUUAUGGUCGUGACCUUGAAUCUAUUCGCAAAGUCUAUCAGAAGCAUAAGAGUGACCCACAAAUUCCCAGAAAUCUACCCCCCAUUGCAGGAAAAAUUGCCUGGGCUAGACAGUUGUACAGAAAGAUUGAGACUCCAAUGAAAAUCUUCAAAAACAAACCAGAAAUUUUGAAGAAUUCAGAAUCAAAGAAAAUUAUCAGAAACUUUAAUAAAAUGGCUGGUGUUCUUAUGGAGUAUGAGAUGCUGUACCACAGAGGAUGGUAUAGAGCAGUCGAAGCUGCCAAAGCUGGACUCCAUGCAUCCCUCCUUAUCAAACAUCCUGAAACAAAUGAACUCUUUGUUAAUUUUGACAUACAAAUUAUGGAACUGGCUCAAGAAGCUAAAUGGUUGCAGAUAAUGAAUCUUGAUGUUCCGGAUGCUGCUAAAGAACUUAUUGUUAAAGAAGAAAGUCUCAAGGUUAACCAUGUGGCUUUGACUGAGAUGUUAGUUGAGUACCAACGUGUGCUUCAAGCUAUCCCCCAAGUUCUUCUGUCACUGAUGAAACCUUUCCAGAAGAGAGUGGAUGAAGCCAUAAAGCCAGGGAUCACAACUCUGACCUGGACAUCAUUGAAUGUGGAUACAUACAUUAAAGAAAUCUAUGAGACUAUGAGAGAUCUGGAAAAGUUGUCAAAAACAGUGAAAGACAUCCUGGAUUGUAGGAUUGAGGCAGUGCUAGAAGACAUGUCAAUAACUGCCCUUUGUGACCUGCCAGAAGAGGAGCCAGUCACAGCAGAUAAAUUUUUGCAGAUGACAACUGACAUUGUUCAGUCAGCUGCUGAAUCACUGGCCAGCCAAAGUCAGCUAGUAGAGAAAGCUGUGAAUGAACUUGUGGACACUCUAAAGGCUCACCUUCCUGUUGAAGAGCGUGUAGGUAUAUCAGCAGAUGAAGGCUAUCAGUGUGUGCAGCCUGACACUAAAAACAAAAAGCUGCGCUGCCAGGAGUGUCUGCCAUGUUCCUACUAUACUUUCUUGAACAUUUACACUCAGAAAAACACAGAAGCUUUGGUCAAAUGCACACGACUAACUUUGGAUGCCAUCAAGCGCAGACUUCAGUCCAAUCGGUACAUUAUUGGGGAUGAAUCUCGUGAAGAGUUCAAGCCUCCACUGUUCCGUGUGGAUGUGGUUUUGGAAAUUCCUAAUGUUAUGAUCAGGCCAAACCUUGAUGAGCUACAGCAUGCACUGACCAAAGGUGUACAGAUCAUCCUGAAGGCUUCAGAAAACAUGGACAUUUGGGAUCAUCAAGUCUUACAGCAGAGACAACUUCAGAAGGAAUUGGAGUUGCAAGCAUUAGAAGAAAAAGAUGAAGGAGCCAAACUUAUGCCAACUGUGAGUCAAGCUAAACCACUUCAUAAGGUGAUAGGAGAGCAUAAAGACAUUGCCAAGAUUGCUAUACAGCUAAGUUCAAUUAUCAGCACCUUCAAAGGAGAUGUGCAAGAAUCUUUGGACAACUUCACUGGCUACUCAGAGCUUUGGACACAGGACCCAGAGACUAAAGUCAAAGAGUUUAUGAGCACUAACCCAAUUCUGUCAGAGAUUGAGGCUCAGAUCAAAUAUUAUCAGAAAUUGGAAAUGAAUAUUGAGGAAAUGGUUCCUUCAUUUAGAGUUGGCUCUGUAAUCUUCCUAACUGAACAACUAAAGUUGGCCCUAGUGACAGAGACUAGGAACUGGAUGAUGGCUUAUGCCAAAGCUUUGAAUGAAAAGUGCAGCAGAGAAAUGGAUUCCAUCAAUGACUUUGUUGACAACCUGAUGAAGCGCUUGUCGAGACCUAUCAAAGAUCUCGAUGAUGUCAGGGCUGCUAUGGCAGCAUUGAAUGAAAUUAGAGACAAUGAGAUCCGCAUAGACUUGACAAUAACACCUAUUGAGGAAACUUAUGCUCUGCUUAACAAAUACAACAUUUUCUUUAAUGAUGGCAAUGCUGAGAGAGUGGAUUCCUUAUCUUACGGAUGGAAAAAACUUUCUGCUCAGGCUGUAUCCAUGCAAGAGAACCUGCUUCUUAUUCAGCCAGCAUUUAAGGCAGAUCUUCUGUCUGGUGUGGAGCAGUUUAUUCAAGACAGUAAUGAGUUCACUGCUUCGUAUGACAAAUGUGGCCCUAUGGAAGAUGGUAUCCCCCCAAGAGAGGCCUCUGACCGCCUCAACAUUUAUCAGGCUCGUUUUGAUGAGCUUUGGCGCAAGUACACCACCUACUCUGGCGGUGAAGAACUUUUUGGCCUUCCACUGACAGAAUACCCAGACCUAAUGAGAAUCAAGAAAGAGCUGAAUCUGCUGCAGAAACUCUACCAGCUGUACAAUACAGUCCUGGAGAAUGUCAAUGGUUACUAUGACAUUGCCUGGGCGGAAAUCAACAUUGAGAAAAUCAAUUCAGAACUUUUGGACUUUCAAAACAGAUGUCGCAAACUGCCCAAGGCCUUAAAAGAAUGGCAAGCCUAUGAAGAUUUGAGGAAGACUAUUGAUGAUUUUAAUGAAACCUGUCCACUGCUUGAGAUGAUGGCUAACAAGGCCAUGCAGCAGCGUCACUGGGAACGUAUUGCACAGAUCACUGGCCACACUUUUGAUGUGGAGUCUGAGAACUUUUUGCUUCGAAACCUGAUGGAAGCACCUUUACUGAAGUUUAAAGAAGAUAUUGAGGAUGUGUGUAUUUCUGCUGUAAAAGAAAAAGACAUUGAAGCUAAACUAAAACAAGUCAUCAACGACUGGAGUGCUCAAAAUUUCCAAUUUGGCAACUUCAAAUCAAGAGGAGAACUUCUUCUAAAGGGUGAUACAACAUCUGAGACAGUAGCUCUAAUGGAAGACAGUUUGAUGGUGCUGGGAGCUUUGCUAAGUAACAGGUACAAUGCUCCAUUCAAACCCAAAAUUCAAGAAUGGGUUCAGAAGUUGACUGGAACAACAGAAAUCAUAGAAAACUGGCUGAUUGUACAGAAUCUCUGGAUCUAUUUAGAGGCUGUCUUCGUUGGGGGAGAUAUUGCUAAACAAUUGCCACAGGAAGCAAAGAGGUUCAGCAACAUUGACAAAUCCUGGCAGAAAAUUAUGCAAAGGGCCCAUGAGAACUCUAAUGUGGUAGGUUGCUGUGUGGGGGAUGACACCCUCAGCCAGCUGCUACCUCACCUCCUGGAACAGCUUGAGAUCUGUCAGAAGUCACUCACAGGUUAUCUAGAGAAGAAAAGGUUGCUGUUCCCAAGGUUUUUCUUCGUGUCAGAUCCAGCCUUGCUUGAAAUCCUUGGUCAGGCCAGUGACUCUCACACUAUUCAGAAUCACUUACUUAGUGUGUUUGACAAUACUCGCCUUGUGACCUUUGAUGAAAAAGUGUAUGACAAAAUUCUGGCAAUUAACUCACAGGAAGGAGAAAAAAUAGAUCUGGAUGAAUCUGUUAAUGCACAGGGAAAUGUAGAGCAGUGGCUUGGCGAUCUGCUGAGAAUAGGUCGCAGGUCACUCCAUGGUAUUAUCAAGAUGGCUGCUGUCACUAUUCAGGAUCAGGGUUUCAAUCUCUUAGAGUUUGAGAAUACCUUUCCAUCACAGGUUGGUCUGUUGGGUAUCCAGAUGAUAUGGACUAAGGAUUCUGAAGACGCUUUAAACAGUGCCAGGUCAGACAAGAAGAUUAUGGCCAACACUAAUCAGAAGUUUCUGGACAUGUUAAACCUACUGAUUGACCAGACGACCAAGGACUUAACCAAGAUGGAAAGGACAAAGUAUGAGACCCUCAUCACAAUCCAUGUUCACCAGAAGGACAUUUUUGAUGAUUUGGUGCGCAUGCAUGUCAAGUCUGUGACUGACUUUGAGUGGUUGAAACAGUCCAGGUUCUACUACAAAGAAGACACUGACUCCUGCCUCAUCUCUAUCACUGAUGUUGAUUUUACUUACAUGAUGGAGUUCUUGGGCUGUACAGACAGAUUGGUCAUCACACCGCUCACUGACAGAUGUUACAUCACACUUGCUCAAGCCCUGGGCAUGGCUCUUGGUGGUGCCCCAGCUGGUCCUGCUGGUACUGGUAAGACAGAGACAACUAAAGAUAUGGGCAGAUGUCUUGGCAAAUAUGUUGUGGUCUUCAACUGUUCGGAUCAGAUGGACUACAGAGGUUUGGGUAGGAUCUACAAAGGUUUGGCCCAAUCUGGAUCCUGGGGAUGUUUUGAUGAGUUCAAUCGUAUUGAACUUCCUGUCUUGUCUGUGGCUGCUCAACAAAUAGCUAUAGUUCUUCAGUGCAAGAAGGAGAGAAAGACUCAGUUUAUCUUUACAGAUGGUGAUAAUGUUGAUCUCGAUCCAGAGUUUGGUCUUUUCUUAACCAUGAACCCUGGCUAUGCUGGUCGUCAAGAGUUGCCAGAAAACUUAAAGAUCAAUUUCAGAACUGUGGCCAUGAUGGUCCCUGACAGAGCCAUCAUCAUCCGUGUCAAAUUGGCUAGUUGUGGGUUUUUACAAAACAUAGUGCUGGCCAAAAAGUUCUACACACUGUACAAGCUUUGUGAGGAGCAGCUAUCCAAACAGGUUCACUAUGACUUUGGUUUGCGUAACAUUCUGUCUGUGCUGAGAACCUUGGGGGCCUUCAAGAGAGCCAACCCAGAAGAUGGUGAGCCAAUGAUUGUGAUGAGAGUCCUCAGGGACAUGAACUUGUCUAAACUGGUAGAUGAGGAUGAGCCAUUGUUUAUGUCUCUCAUUGAGGAUCUGUUCCCUGGCAUGACCCUGGACAAGGCUGGAUAUCCUGAGAUGGAAGCAGCUAUCGAACGCAAGGUGACAGAAGCUGGUCUUAUCAACCAUGGCCCUUGGAUUCUGAAACUGAUUCAGCUGUAUGAGACUCAGCGUGUGCGUCAUGGAAUGAUGACACUAGGACCUAGUGGCGCUGGUAAGACCUGCUGCAUUCACACUUUGAUGAAGUCCAUGACUGAAUGCGGCACCCCACACAAGGAAAUGAGGAUGAACCCCAAGGCCAUUACAGCCCCCCAGAUGUUUGGCCGUCUUGAUGUGGCCACCAAUGAUUGGACAGAUGGUAUAUUCUCAACCCUGUGGAGGAGGACCCAUAAAACAAAGAAGGGUGAACAUGUCUGGCUAGUGCUGGAUGGCCCUGUUGAUGCAAUCUGGAUUGAGAACCUUAACUCUGUCUUGGAUGAUAACAAGACCUUGACAUUGGCCAAUGGUGAUCGUAUACCCAUGGCACCAAACUGUAAAAUUAUCUUUGAGGUCCACAACAUUGACAAUGCCUCGCCAGCCACAGUAUCACGUAACGGCAUGGUCUUCAUGUCCAGCUCUGUGUUAGACUGGAACCCAAUAUUAAAAGGUUGGCUGCUCAAAAGACCUCCACAACAACAAGAUUCAAUCUACUCAGCAUUUGAAUCAGUUUUCUCCAGACUUUAUUUGUUUGUCACACAAAACUUGGAGCCAAAGAUGGAGGUGUUAGAAUGUAAUUACAUUCGCCAAGCAAUUGAUCUGCUAGAAGGUCUACUUCCUGGUGGAGAGGAUCCUAAAGACAUCACAACUGAACAUACCAAAAGACUUAUAGUUUUUGCACUUAUGUUUUCUGUUGGAGCUCUUCUUGAGUUGGAAGACAGAAAAAAGAUGCAGGAAUGGCUUCAGCAAAACUGUAACCUGCCAUUACCAAAACUGAACAAUGAUGACACAAUCUAUGAGUAUGUUGUUAGUGAAACUGGAGAGUGGGAACACUGGAAGUCAAGGGUUCCUGAAUAUGAGUAUCCCAUCGACUCUACUCCAGAGUACACUUCUAUCCUCGUGCCCAAUGUUGACAAUGUGAGAACUGAUUUCUUGAUCAAGACCAUAGCCAAGCAAGGCAAAGCUGUCUUACUCAUUGGUGAACAGGGAACUGCCAAGACUGUCAUGGUGCAAGGUUACUGCAACAAAUUUGAUCCUGAGGAACAUGUCUUCAAGAGUUUCAACUUUUCCAGUGCAACCACUCCCAUGAUGUUUCAGAGAACCAUUGAGAGCUAUGUUGACAAGAGAAUGGGGACAACAUAUGGACCACCAGCUGGCAAGAAAAUGACAGUGUUUGUAGAUGACAUCAACAUGCCUGUAAUCAAUGAAUGGGGUGAUCAGGUGACAAAUGAAAUCACCAGACAGAUGAUGGAAUACAAAGGAUUUUACAACUUGGAAAAACCUGGCGAGUAUACCAAUCUAGUAGAUGUUCAGAUGAUUGCAGCCAUGAUUCAUCCUGGUGGUGGCCGCAAUGACAUCCCUCAGAGGCUAAAGCGUGCCUUUAACAUCUUCAACUGCACUCUGCCAUCAAAUGCCUCCAUUGACAAGAUUUUCAACACAGUUGGCCUUGGUCAUUUCAUAAAGGAAAGGGGUUUCUCUAAUGAAGUGCAUGAGCUGGUCAAGAUGUUAGUACCAGCUACCAGACAUUUGUGGCAGAAAACUAAAGUAAAAAUGUUACCAACUCCAGCCAAGUUUCAUUAUGUGUUCAACUUGAGAGAUUUAUCUAGGAUCUGGCAAGGCAUGCUCAAAACAAUUAGUGAAGUGGUGUCGAACACAGGAGUUCUAAUGUCCUUAUGGAAACAUGAGGCCACCAGAGUUAUUGCUGAUCGCUUCACAGAAACAACUGACAAGGAAUGGUUUGAGAAGAUGAUCAAACAGAUUGCUGAAGAAGACUGUGGUGGUGCCAUGGCCAGUGCUAUGGAUGCUGAGCCUUACUUUGUAGAUUUCUUGAGAGAUGCCCCUGAACCUACAGGAGAGGAAGCAGAAGAUGCUGACCUUGAAGCUCCAAAAAUCUAUGAACCAAUCCCAAGUCUAGAGGCUUUAGCAGAGAAACUUCAGCAGUACCAAGCAGGCUACAAUGAAACCAUCAGAGGAAGUGGAAUGGAUCUUGUAUUUUUCAAGGAUGCCAUGACAAACCUGAUUAAAAUAUCUCGCAUCAUCCGCACACCACGUGGACAUGCGCUACUGGUUGGUGUCGGAGGCUCAGGCAAACAAAGUUUAACAAGAUUGGCAUCAUUCAUUGCUGGCUAUUCAACUUUCCAGAUUACUCUGACAAGGUCCUAUAACACAAGCAAUUUACUGGAAGACCUGAAAAAUCUGUACAGGAGAGCUGGCCAAACUGGCAAAGGUGUCACUUUCCUUUUUACUGACAAUGAAAUUAAAGAUGAAGCUUUCCUUGAAUAUAUGAACAAUAUUUUAUCAUCUGGAGAGGUGUCUGGUCUGUUUGCUCGUGAUGAAAUGGAUGAAAUAUUGCAAGAGCUGAUAGCAGUGAUGAAAAGAGAACAUCCUCGCAGGCCACCCACCAAUGAAAACUUGUAUGACUACUACCUGUCACGUGUCAGAGAGAACCUUCACGUUGUUCUUUGUUUCUCACCAGUGGGAGAGAAGUUCCGCAACCGCUCUCUCAAGUUUCCAGGUCUGAUCUCUGGAUGCACCAUGGACUGGUUCCAAAGAUGGCCUAAAGAUGCUUUGAUUGCAGUGUCCAACCACUUCUUGUCAUCCUUUGACAUUACCUGUACACCCACUGUCAAGACUGCUGUUGUUAAUACAAUGGGAUUGUUCCAGGACCUGGUAGCAGAGAUGUGUGUUGAAUACUUCCAGAGGUUCCGUCGCCAGACACAUGUCACUCCCAAGUCUUACCUUUCAUUUAUUGCUGGCUAUAAAGUCAUUUACAAGGAGAAGAAAGAAGAAAUUGGACUUUUAGCGCAUAGAAUGAACACAGGUCUUGAGAAGCUGAUUGAGGCCACAGAAUCUGUGAAUGAACUCAGUAAAGAAUUGGCAGUCAAAGAAAAGGAGCUUGCUGUUGCCUCUAAGAAAGCUGACCAAGUCUUGGCAGAGGUCACAGUGAAAGCUCAGGCUGCUGAGAAGGUUAAGGCUCAAGUGCAGAAGGUCAAAGAUAAAGCUCAGGCCAUCGUAGAUUCUAUUUCUGUGGAUAAGGCAGCAGCAGAAGAGAAACUGGAAGCUGCUCGACCAGCUCUAGAAGAAGCAGAAAAUGCUCUGUCUACAAUCAAACCAGCCCACAUCUCUACUGUGCGUAAGCUGGCUAAACCUCCACAUUUAAUCAUGAGGAUUAUGGAUUGUUGUCUUUUGUUGUUCCAGAGGAGACUGGAUCCAGUCACUCAAGAUCCAGAGAGGAACUGUGUCAAACCAUCUUGGAGUGAAGCGCUGAAACUAAUGAACUCUGCUAACUUUUUAGGUCAACUUCUCAACUUCCAGAAAGACACUAUUAAUGCAGAAACUGUUGAGUUGCUAGAAGUGUAUCUCACUCAGGAGGACUACAACUUUGAUAAUGCCAAGAAAGUCUGUGGAGAUGUGGCUGGUCUCUGCUCCUGGACAUCAGCCAUGUCCUUCUUCUACAGCAUUAAUGUUGAGGUCUUGCCUCUGAAGGCUAAUCUCAUCAAACAAGAAGCUAGGCUGAAUGCAGCCAAUGCAGAUUUAGCUCAAGCUCAGGCUCAACUGGAUGAAAAACAGAAAGAACUUGAUGAGGUUCAGGCCUUGUUUGAUGCAGCCAUGGCAGAAAAACAGGCUUUGAUGGAUGAUGCUGAAGCUUGCCGUAGAAAGAUGAACAAUGCUGAAGCUCUAAUCAAUGGUCUGUCUGGAGAGAAGAUCAGAUGGACAGAGGCCAGCAAGACUUUUGAAGCACAGAUCCAGAGACUUGUUGGUGAUGUCCUUCUUGCCACAGGUUUCUUGUCCUACACAGGACCAUUCAACCAAGAAUUCCGCAAUCUGAUGUUACGAAACUGGAAGAAAGAAAUGCAAGCUGUCAAAAUACCAUUUAGUGAUGAUCUGAACAUCAUCUCUAUGUUAGUGCUAAACACAACCAUCUCAGAGUGGAACCUUCAGGGACUGCCCAAUGAUGAACUCUCUAUUCAGAAUGGUCUUAUUGUCACCAAGGCUUCCAGAUAUCCUCUGCUGAUUGAUCCACAAGGUCAAGGUAAAGCUUGGAUCAAAAACAAGGAGGGCAGCAAUGAGCUGCAGAUAACAUCACUCAACCAGAAAUACUUCCGCUCACAUCUAGAAGAUGCUCUGUCUUUGGGUCGCCCUCUGCUUAUUGAAGAUGUUGGUGAAGAGUUGGACCCAGCACUAGACAAUGUCCUUGAGAAAAAUUUUAUUAAAUCUGGAUCAACAUUCAAGGUGAAAGUUGGUGACAAAGAAGUGGAUGUCAUGAAAGGUUUCAGACUUUACGUUACCACAAAGUUAGGUAACCCAGCAUACACACCAGAAGUGUCUGCCAGAACAUCCAUUAUUGAUUUCACUGUCACUAUGAAAGGUCUUGAGGAUCAGUUGCUGGGUAUUGUCAUCUUAACAGAAAAACAGGAACUAGAAGCAGAACGCACUAGUUUGUUGGAAGAAGUUACCAGUAACAAAAGGAAGAUGAAAGAACUGGAAGACAACCUUCUGUACAGGUUAACUUCUACUCAGGGCUCGCUGGUAGAAGAUGAAUCACUGAUUGAGGUAUUGAAAGUUACCAAAAUAACAGCAGAAGAAGUCAGUGAAAAACUGGCCAUUGCUGCAGACACUGAGACCAAGAUUAAUACUGCCAGAGAAGAGUUUAGGCCAGUGGCAACACGAGGCAGUAUUCUCUACUUUGUGAUUGUUGAGAUGAGCAUGGUAAACAUUAUGUACCAGACAUCGUUGAAACAGUUCCUGGAGCUGUUUGACCUGUCUAUGGCCCGCUCGACAAAGUCACCUAUCACCAGCAAGCGUAUCAACAACAUCAUUGAAUACCUGACACUGUCAGUCUUCAAGUACACUUGCAGAGGUCUCUAUGAGGCUGACAAAUUCCUCUUCACUCUCCUCAUGACAUUGAAGAUAGAGAUGGCAGUGGGUAAAGUGAGACCUGAUGAGUUUGGUGUUUUCAUUAAAGGUGGUGCUGCAUUAGAUCUGAAUGCUGUUGAACCCAAACCAAAGAAAUGGAUCAUGGACAUGACUUGGUUAAAUCUUGUGAAACUUUCAGAGCUGCCUCAGUUUAGUCAGAUCCUACAACAAGUAGCUCGCAAUGACAAGGCUUGGAAAACCUGGUUUGAUGAAGAUGCUCCAGAAGAAGCAGUGAUUCCUGAUGGCUACAGCAAUAACUUGGAUAACUUUAAGAAACUGUUGCUAAUCAGGUCAUGGUGCCCUGACAGAACCAUUCCAAUGGCCAGAGUUUAUGUGGGGGAGGCUAUGGGUGCAGAGUUUGCUGAAGGUGUGAUUCUCAAUCUUGAGGCCAUGUGGGAAGAAUCCCAUCCCAGAGCACCUCUUAUCUGCUUUUUGUCUAUGGGUUCAGAUCCCACAGAGAAUAUUGAACGAUUGGCUAAACAAAAAGGAUUCAAAUGUGGUUCUAUCUCUAUGGGCCAAGGACAAGAUGUUCAUGCUAGACGUCUGCUGUCUGUAUCUAUGUCUGAAGGACGAUGGGUCUUAUUACAAAACUGUCACUUGGGUCUUGAUUUUAUGGAUGAAUUAUUAGAUACAGUACUGACCACUGAGAAUGUCAAUGACCAGUUCCGUCUGUGGCUGACCACUGAAGAACAUCCUAAAUUUCCCAUCAACUUGCUGCAGAGCUCCAUCAAAUUCACCAACGAGCCUCCCAUGGGAGUUAAGGCUGGCUUGAAGAGAACUUAUGCUGGUGUCACCCAGGAACAACUUGACUAUAGUAACCUCCCAGCUUGGAAACCUAUGCUCUAUGGUGUGGCGUUCCUGCACACAACUGUACAGGAGAGAAGAAAGUUUGGUCCCAUUGGCUGGAACAUUCCUUAUGAAUUCAACCAGGGAGACCUGAAUGCAACUGUACAAUUCAUUCAAAACCAUUUGGAUGAUCUUGAUCCAAAACGAGGAGUCAACUGGGUUACUGUAAGGUACAUGAUUGGUGAAGUCCAGUAUGGAGGUCGUGUCACUGAUGACUAUGACAAACGUCUGCUCAACACAUACACUCGGGUCUGGUUUAGUGAGACCAUGUUUACUGAUAAUUUUGCUUUUUACACAGGUUACAAGAUUCCAAAAUGUAAAAAUUUGGAAGAAUACAGAAACUACAUUGAGUCACUUCCCCUGGUAGACUCUCCUGAGUGUUUUGGUUUACAUCCUAAUGCUGAUAUAACCUAUCAGACCAACACAGCCAACAAGAUGUUGUCCACCAUUGUCAACAUUCAACCUAAAGAUGCAGGAAGUGGAGGCGGUGAGACACGUGAGACAGUGGUCUACAGACUUGCUGAUGAUAUGUUGGAGAAACUUCCUCAGGACUAUGUGGCUCAUGAGGUCAGAGAAAGACUGAAAAAAAUGGGUCAUCUUCAGCCCCUAAAUAUUUUCUUGCGCCAAGAGAUUGAUCGAAUGCAGAGGGUUAUUGGAUUGGUUCGCACCACAUUGAUGGAUCUCAAACUUGCCAUUGAUGGUACCAUCAUUAUGUCAGAAAAUCUAAGAGAUGCUUUGGAUAAUAUGUAUGAUGCCAGAGUUCCAAACAAUUGGAAGAAAGUUUCAUGGCAGUCUACUACUCUUGGUUUCUGGUUUACAGACCUACUGGACCGCAAUGCUCAGUUUUACUCCUGGCUUUUUGAAGGUCGACCUACUUCUUUUUGGAUGACUGGAUUCUUUAACCCACAGGGUUUCCUGACAGCAAUGAGACAAGAGAUUACACGAGCACAUAAAGGCUGGGCACUGGACACUGUGUUUUUAGAGAAUGAAGUGACCAAGAUGAUGAAAGAAGACAUCACGUCAGGGCCUUCAGAAGGUGUCUAUAUUUAUGGUUUGUAUCUGGAUGGAUCUGGUUGGGACAGACGUAAUGCUAAACUCAUUGAACCCACGCCCAAAGUCCUGUAUACUUUACUGCCUGUGGUGCAUGUAUUUGCAAAUAACCAAGAGAAGUCGCACAGCUCCAUGACCUAUGACUGCCCAGUUUACAAGAAACCCAAUCGCACAGAUCUGACCUACAUUUUCCCCUUGUCACUGAAGACCAGCAAGAGCCCUGAUUACUGGACUCUGCGUGGAGUAGCAUUGCUUUGUGACAUCAAAUAAUUGAUUCUAUCCUAUUUGACUAUGUCACAUUUGUAGCGUGUGAGCUUAUACAAAAUAUUUCCUCUUUUUUUUUUAUUUUGCAUCCAUUUAUUUUAUAAAGCUACUAAGAAAAAAUUUGGAUAGUAUAAAAAAAUCGUUAACAAAUCCCUAAGAGCAUAUCCUAUAAAAAUGUUCAUAUGAAGAAUUUUGACAUUUUCAUACUCUGGAAUAGAAAAGGAAAGAAUGUUAGAAAAUAUUUUGUUUGCUUUGUAAAAGUUUAGAAAUGUAAAGUUAUUGAUAAGUUAUUCUUACAAUUAGAAGUGUGCCAUUUAAAGAAAAUCUAUGUCUACUUUAUACUGUGAUUUGAACACCCCAAUUUUAUUGAUUUCUUUUAUACAAGUAUCUGUACAUUUACAAAAAUAUUUGUCUACUGUAAGCAAUUUUUAUUUAAUUGUAUUAUGGGUUGACUUGAUUGUUACUUUUCUUAAGUCACAACUUUGUGGGAAAUAAAACACUUUUUGUGUAAAUGUACACAUUAUGUUUCUGUUGAUCACCUUAUUUAUAGAGAUAUAUUCAAACUUGUGAUAACCAGAUAUUAAUUUUGCUUGUGUUCUAUUAUUUGUUCCAGUCUAAAAACAUUUACAUAAGACUUCAUAAGUUUGAUAUGAAGAUGAGUUUAUAAAUGUUUUCUUUAAUGUUUGUGUGCUAAAACAUUUCCAUGUGUGUAAUUGAGCCCUAAGAGUUUAUCAUGUGUUGUCUGUAAUAAAGACACAGAGCUGAUCAGUAUUAAACUAUUAUUCUAUUCACAUUC